GCAAUAAGAUAAGAGGGAGUCCAUGUCCACUAUGCCUGCAUUGAAGAAGUGGAAGCAGGAGGGUCAAAGAUUGAAGGGCAUCCGGCACAGUGACCAGUUCCAGGUCAGCACAGAUGAGGAAAAAGAGACAGCAGCUUGCCCAGGUCACCUCCAACAUGAAGAUUCCAGCCAUGAUGUCUCUCUUCCUGGUGUCUGUGGGCCUCUGGGAUGAACUUCAGGUUCAAAGUCACUCCAUGACACAACUAGACAUCUUUUCUCAAGAAACACCCCUGGACAUGGCCCCAGCGUCCUUUGAUGACCAGUAUGUUGGCUGUGCAGCAGAUAUGAUAGCGGCUCUGGCUGACCUCAACCACUCAGAGUUCCAGACCAACAAAGUGUACGCGAAUGGUUGGGCUCUGGCCAACACCCAGUGGCAGGAGCGCAGGGCCUGGGAGUCAGCUUGGGACCUCAGCCCAACCAUUUUUCCUCCACCACCCUCGGGCUUCAGGGAUGAGCACGGGGUGGCGCUCCUGGCCUACACUGCCAACAGCCCCCUGCACAAGGAGUUUAACGCGGCUGUGCGCGAGGCCGGCCGCUCCCGGGCCCACUACCUCCACCACUUCUCCUUCAAGACCCUCCACUUCCUGCUCACCGAGGCCCUGCAGCUGCUCGGGAGCCAGCGAUCUCGCGGGUGCCGGCAGGUGUACAGGGGGGUGCAUGGCCUGCACUUCCGGCCAGCCGGGCCCGGCGCCACCGUCAGGCUGGGGGGCUUUGCUUCUGCGUCCCUCAAGAACGUUGCCGCCCAGCAAUUUGGCGAGGACACCUUCUUUGGUAUCUGGACCUGCCUCGGGGCCCCGAUUGGGGGUUACUCCUUUUUCCCCGGCGAGGAGGAGGUGCUGAUCCCCCCUUUUGAGACUUUCCAGGUGAUCAAUUCCAGCCGACCUGCCCAAGGUCCCGCGCGCAUCUAUCUUCGUGCUCUGGGCAAACGCAGCACCUACAACUGCGAAUACAUAAAAGAAAAGAAGUGCAGAGCUGGGCCCUGCCGGUUGGAUAGCUCAGCUCCAGGCUCCGUCUCUGCCUCCUGUUCCCUCCUGCUGCUGCUCUUGUUCCUUGUGCUGAGGGACCAUCCAUAGGACCCAGGUCUCCUGUGACCUACCAGAUGUUGACCGGCCCUGCCUGUGCACUUUACCUGUCUCAGGAUCAUGGUGAAUCAGUCUCUGCAGGGAAGCCUGGGCCUUCUAUGGCAAUGACCUUCCAGAUGCAUUGGCGGUGGAGACACAGAGAGGAUUUGGAGACUGAACCUUGCUCAGGCUGUAGGAGCAGGACUAACUGAGGUCAGAAGACUCUAGGGUAGAAUAGGCAGAGACUCAUUUGGAACCUGAAGACAUCAACUCCUUGUUGGUGAUGAUGGGGGAGAAUCCCUGGCCAUGGGCCAUGCAGGGGUCACUUAAAUGUCCCUCAUGUCUACCUGGAAAGUUCUUGUUCACCCUCCUGCCACCUGGCUAGGUUAGAGUACCUGCCUUUCUAUUCUAUUUUUGCUGGCCCCUGAGUAUUCCCAGGUCAGGCUAUGAGCUACCUUUUCUUUUUUUCUUUUUCUUUUUUUUUUUUUGAGACAGGGUUUCUCUGUGGCUUUGGAGCCUGUCCUGGAACUAGCUCUUGUAGACCAGGCUGGCCUUGAACUCACAGAUAUCUGCCUGCCUCUGCCCCCCCGAGUGCUGGGAUUAAAAGUGUGUGCCACCACCUGGCCUCAGGCUGUGAGUUUCUUAUGGGUAUGGUCUGGGAAGAAGACACAAAGAAAGUGCCAGAAGCUGUGUGACAGUAAGAAAGCAACCAAUCCUGUGAGUGGGGACACCUGUACUCCACCUACCUGGGCUACCGAUGAGCUCUCUAAACGUCACUGUGUGAGAACAGGUGGCUGUGGCUAACUAUAAGGAGGGACAGAAGGGGAAAUGACAGAAAGGUUUAGGCUCUUUCUCAGGGUCCUGUGAAAUCCUAAUCACUUUUUUUUUGCUACUGUUGUUCCCAGAAAAGUAAUUUCUUGGCUAGCAAGAUGGUUCAGCAAGUAAGGGUGCUUGUUACUAAAGCUGACAACUUGAGUCUGAACCCUGGGUCCCAUAUGGCAAAGGGAGAGAACCAACUACCCACAUUGUUCUCUCACCUCUACAAAUGUACCCUGGUGCAAGAGCACGCACACACACACACACACACACACACACAAAUAUGAUUUUUAAAAAAGAUAUAUUUUUUGCAUUGAUCUGUGUGUCCUAAGAUUCCUACCUAUGAAGACAAACCUGGAUCCCCAACUUCUGGAUGUGGCCCCAAGGAGAAGACGAGACAUGGAGGAGGUGCUGGGCACACUCUCAUUUAUUAUCUAUUGAAGCUCUGGAAUAAAAGUUUAUAUUGCCUUCUGUUCCGGACACUAGACCAUGAAUUUCUAUCCCCUAGAGCCUUCGCAGAGAUGAGCAGGAUGAGCAUCUGCAGCUGCUAAGGAUGACAUGCACAUGUGUGCCUUUGUCCCUUAGCAAGUAGUCUACACUCUAGCUGGGAGUGGUAGCACCUGCCAGCAAGUGCCUUUGGAGAGGCAGAGGCAGUGGGUCUAUGUGAAUCCAAGGCCAGCCUGGGCUACAUAGCAAGCUUCAGGCCAGCAGGAGGUACCUAGU